CAGGAGUCGGCAGCUGGCGCCAGGGCGGCCGGAGGAUGCCGAGGGGCCGGAGCCGGGCGGGCCCGAGGCCGAGGCGCGCGCUGUCCCCCUCCCCUACCCCGUGAGCCCCACCGGCCACCGACGCGCUGUGGCUGGGCCAGCCACCCCCGGGACGGUCGUGGGUGCUCCCGCACUUUCUACGGCGGGGUCCCCUCCCUCCGUGCGGCGCUGCGUGUGGCCGCGGCCACCUCCUCCCAGAUCCCGAGCCGCUGCCUCCGCCGCCGCGGGCCAUGGAGGUGGCGCCGGAGCAGCCUCGCUGGAUGGCGCACCCCGCGGUGCUGAACGCCCAGCACCCCGACUCGCACCACCCGGGGCUGGCGCACAACUACAUGGAGCCGGCUCAGCUGCUGCCCCCGGACGAAGUGGACGUCUUCUUUAAUCACCUCGAUUCGCAGGGCAACCCCUACUACGCCAACCCGGCCCAUGCGCGGGCACGCGUCUCCUACAGCCCGGCGCACGCUCGCCUGACCGGAGGCCAGAUGUGCCGUCCCCACUUGCUGCACAGCCCCGGGUUGCCCUGGCUGGAUGGGGGCAAAGCAGCCCUGUCGGCCGCGGCUGCGCACCACCACAAUCCCUGGACAGUGAGCCCCUUUUCCAAGACCCCCCUGCACCCCUCAGCUGCUGGAGGCCCUGGAGGACCCCUCUCCGUCUACCCAGGGGCGGCUGGAGGCAGCGGGGGAGGCAGCGGAGGCUCGGUGGCCUCCCUCACCCCCACGGCAGCCCACUCUGGUUCCCAUCUCUUCGGCUUCCCACCGACGCCACCCAAAGAGGUGUCUCCAGACCCGAGCGCCACGGGGGCCGCCUCCCCGGCCUCCUCUUCGGCCGGGGGCAGCGCAGCAGCCCGGGGGGAGGACAAGGACGGUGUCAAGUACCAAGUGUCGCUGACCGAAAGCAUGAAAUUGGAGGGCGGUAGCCCUUUGCGCCCAGGUCUGGCCACCAUGGGCACGCAGCCUGCCACCCACCACCCCAUCCCCACUUACCCCUCCUAUGUGCCCGCCGCUGCGCACGAAUAUGGCAGCGGACUCUUCCACCCAGGGGGUUUUUUGGGUGGCCCAGCCUCCAGCUUCACCCCGAAGCAGCGGAGCAAGGCGCGAUCCUGCUCAGAAGGGCGAGAGUGUGUCAACUGCGGAGCCACGGCCACCCCUCUGUGGCGGCGAGAUGGGACCGGUCACUACCUGUGCAAUGCCUGCGGGCUGUAUCACAAGAUGAACGGGCAGAACCGACCCUUGAUCAAACCCAAGCGGAGACUGUCGGCCGCCCGGAGAGCUGGCACCUGUUGUGCGAAUUGUCAGACGACAACCACCACCUUGUGGCGCCGGAAUGCCAACGGGGACCCGGUGUGCAACGCCUGUGGCCUCUACUACAAGCUGCACAAUGUUAACCGGCCGCUGACCAUGAAGAAGGAGGGCAUCCAGACCCGCAAUCGGAAGAUGUCCAACAAGUCCAAGAAGAGCAAGAAGGGGACCGAGGGUCUGGAGGAGCUGUCCAGGUGCAUGCAGGACAAGUCGUCGCCCUUCAGCGCCGCCGCCCUGGCAGGACACAUGGCCCCCGUGGGUCACCUCCCGCCCUUCAGCCACUCGGGACACAUCCUGCCCACGCCCACGCCCAUCCACCCUUCCUCCAGCCUCUCCUUUGGCCACCCCCACCCCUCCAGCAUGGUGACCGCCAUGGGCUAGGGGACAAGCCACCCCGCUGGACAGAGACAGACGGACAGACAGAGAGGCGGGUGGCCCUGGCAGGGCACGCAGCUCCCAGGAAUGGGAGGUGGGGGGACCCGUCCCUUCCGCUGCCCCCCGCCCUUCUCUGGACACAGACACCAGCCGGAGCCUAAAGCCACCUCCUUGUCGCCUUGGAAGGCCACCAUACCCCGGGGGGGGGGGGCCCAGCAGCCUGUCUGCAAGUUACUGUGAAUAUUUUUCACCUGGGCUGGGAGGUGGCCCGUCCAGGUGACAUUUCCUUCAUGAACAAGGUUCAGAGAGAGAGAGAAAAAAAAAAUUAUGGUGACAGAAGUAAGGACACGGAGGUCUCUCUCUACGGGACCAGGGCUCUGGGGGACAGGUGUCUGCAAAUCUCAGCCUGUGUCCUGGGCUGAGCCAAGGCCAAGAGGGAUUGCUGGUGGUUGGUGGCAGUGACCAGGGGACACCAGCCUUGCGCACCCUGAGAGCUGGCUGGGGGCCCUAGAAGGCAGAGACAAUUGGGGGCGGUCCCCACAGUGGUUCCCAGGCCCGGGGCGGGGCACAGGAAGGAAACAACAUUUUUCUUGAAAGGGGAAACGUCUCCCCAGAUCGGCUCCCUCCGCUUUAAGACCAAAGCUGGACCGAGAUCCCCGUAUGUACGUGCCCUUCACGGGACCCAAAGCCAUGAUUGGCCUCCCUUCUCUGCCAGGUAGACCUCUGUAAAUACAUCCUUUUUCUGACCACGCCCCCUUUCCCACUCUGAGACAAAGAAGAAACUAUUAAAAAUGAAAAAAAAAAAAAAAAUCAAACUGCAUACGUUGAACUCACCCGUGAGUUAAUUGUCUUAUUUUCAAACUCGUUUUUUGGGGUGGGGGACCUCUGGGCUAAGUCUGGGGUCCCCUGGUUUUUGUGUGUGUGGCCCUCUGGACCCUUCCAAGGUACAGCUGUACAUAGACAUGUCCUAAGCUUCAGAUUUCUGUCCGUGGUGAUCUUGGGGGUGCAGUGGCCCGUCCCCAGCUCUGGAAGACACCUGUCCACCCAGGGCCAUGUCUUGGGCUGGGGACAAAAUCACCACACCCCAGAAAGUAACUUAUUUUGUACUAGUAUCCGCCUGAGAAAAAAAAAAAAGGAAAA